GCAAAGGAGGUGGGAGGGUUUAGACGCCGGGCAGUGUGGAGAGUCUAGCUUGCCUUUGCGGUGGUGGCUGAGCCGACGAUGGCUGCUUUGUCCGGUCCGGUCCCUGGACCGCGCCGCGGCGGCUGCUCCGUCCACUGGUUCCGACGGGGGUUGCGUCUUCACGACAACCCUGCUUUGCAGGCGGCUCUCCGAGAAGCGACCUCCGUGCGCUGCAUUUACAUCUUGGACCCCUGGUUCGCUGCGUCCUCCGCGGUGGGCAUCAACCGCUGGAGGUUUUUGCUCCAGUCUCUGGAAGAUUUGGACAACAGUUUAAGAAAACUUAAUUCCCGUUUAUUUGUAGUACGAGGGCAGCCAACUGAUGUUUUUCCAAGACUCUUUAAAGAAUGGGGGGUGACCCAUCUCACUUUUGAAUAUGACUCAGAGCCUUUUGGAAAAGAGAGAGAUGCAGCUAUAGUGAAAUUGGCUAAGGAAGCAGGAGUAGAAGUGACAACAGAGAAUUCACACACCCUUUAUGACCUAGAUAGGAUUAUUGAGCUGAAUGGACACAAACCACCCCUCACUUACAAACGUUUUCAGGCCAUCAUUAGUCGCAUGGACCUGCCGAAAAAGCCAGUCAGCACCAUAACAAGCCAACAAAUGGAGAUGUGCAAGACAGAGAUCCAAGAGAACCACGAUGAAACCUAUAGAGUACCAUCUCUAGAGGAACUAGGCUUUCCCACUGAGGGACUUGCUCCAGCUGUUUGGCAGGGAGGGGAGACUGAAGCCUUAACUCGUCUGGAUAAGCAUUUGGAAAGAAAGGCAUGGGUUGCAAACUAUGAACGGCCAAGGAUGAAUGCCAAUUCGUUAUUGGCCAGCCCCACAGGGUUGAGUCCCUUUCUUCGGUUUGGCUGCUUGUCUUGUCGCUUAUUCUAUUAUCGGCUUUGGGAACUUUACAAAAAGGUGAAGCGGAACAACACUCCACCUCUGUCGCUCUAUGGCCAAUUACUCUGGAGGGAAUUUUUUUACACAGCUGCCACAAAUAAUCCUAAAUUUGAUCGCAUGGAAGGCAAUCCUAUUUGCAUCCAGAUCCCAUGGGACAGGAAUCCUGAAGCUUUGGCAAAGUGGGCAGAAGGCAAGACAGGUUUCCCUUGGAUUGAUGCAAUUAUGACUCAACUGAGACAGGAAGGUUGGAUUCACCACCUGGCCAGGCAUGCGGUAGCCUGCUUUCUAACCAGAGGUGAUCUUUGGAUCAGCUGGGAAUCUGGAGUGAGGGUAUUUGAUGAGCUGCUUCUGGAUGCAGAUUUCAGUGUGAAUGCAGGUAGCUGGAUGUGGCUUUCCUGCAGUGCUUUCUUCCAGCAGUUUUUUCACUGCUACUGUCCUGUUGGGUUUGGGCGUCGUACAGAUCCCAGUGGUGACUACAUUAGGCGGUAUCUACCCCAAUUGAAAGGUUUUCCAUCAUGCUAUAUCUACGAGCCCUGGAAUGCGCCUGUUUCGGUUCAAAAAGCAGCAAAAUGUAUAAUUGGGGUAGACUAUCCCAAACCCAUGGUGAACCACGCAGAGACCAGUCGACUAAACAUUGAACGCAUGAAGCAGAUUUAUCAGCAGCUCUCACGCUACAGAGGCCUUUGUUUAUUGGCCUCUGUCCCAUCCUGUAUAGAAGACUUCAGUAAUAUAACCACAGACCUUCCUUCAGCCCAUGGAAGCUGCAGCAAUACAAUAUUAAGGCAGUCCCAGUGUACAUCUCCAAAACGAAAAUGUUAUGCUGGGGAAGAAAACAGUGAAGAGCUCCACAAAAGAGCAAGGAUGAUGGUACAUCAGGGAUCAAAGAACCCACAACAAGAACUUUUGCAAACUGAAUUUGGAAACUGACAAGACAAAAAUAAUGUCACAGAAUGGCUAAUGGAGUAAUAGGGAAGUAUUUUUGUAUGAAGAAUCACAACACUGAACAGCAAUUUCAUUUGUUGAGCAUGUUGAAUGCACAAUACACAAGGACUCUAAAUCUCUUAUGAAAGAGGCAGUGAAAAAGUUUGGUCAAUAAACAAAAUCUCAGUGAACAAAUACGUGCCUUUCUUGAGAUUAGGGAAUUAGUUUAAGGAAAAUCUGGAGCUAAGACUUGCUCAUUUGCAAGUUUAUUCAAGGUACUGCAGAUGGUAUAUCCUUUUUUGCUUCAUUUAGCACAUCCUUACUUCUUCUGUUGUCAUUAUUAGGAAGAACUUGGAUGAACCGUGCAAAAUAUUUCAUGGUGCUCCUAGUAAUUCCAUUUAAACACUCCAUGCAACCACUAAACAUGUGUACAGAUGAUAUUAUAGAUGGAAUCACAUCUGCAAAAAUAUCAUUAAACCAGUAUUUAUUGCUUCUAUAAAAGCACAGUACUGGAACAACAGUGACCAAUUUGAAGGUACUAAAAAUACUAAAUUGAAUGUUUACUAGUGUGUUUAUCUUCCAAUCAUGUUAUUCUGAAACAAAAAAGAUAUAUUGAACACCUAUAGCCAUGUGAAAAAGAAAGUAUAUUUGCUUUGAGUUCUAUGGUUUUAUGCGUCAGGACAUAGUAAAAAUCACCUGGUCCUUAGCAGUUCUUAAAAGUAAGUAAAUACUACCUCAGAUGAACAACAACACAUGACAUAUUACCACCAUGUCAUCAUUUAUUUUACAAAAAAGAAAGCCCAAAUGAAGAAGCCAUGUGUGAAAAACUUAAGUGCACCUUAUGAUUCAAUAGCUUGUAGAACCACCUUUAACAGCAAUAUCAGUCUCACAUCGUUGUUAGAAGAAUUUUGGCCCGCUCUUCUUUACAACAUUGCUUCAGUUCAUUGAGGUUUGUGGGGAUUUCUUUAUGCACAGCUCUCAUGAGGUCCCGCCACAGCAUUUCAAUCAAGCUGAGGUCUGAACUUUGAUUAGGCCACUGCAACACCUUGAUCCUUUUCUUUUACAGCCAAUAUGUUGUAGAUUUGCUGGUGAGCUUGGGAUCAUUGUCCUGUUGCAUGAUCCAAUGUCAGCCAAGCUUUAGCUAUUGGACAGAUGACCUCACAUUUGAUUCUGGAGUACUUUGGUAUGUGGAGGACUUGAUAGUCGACUCAAUGACUGCAAAGUGCCUGAAACUUGUGGCUGCAAAAGAAGCCCAAAUCAUCACGCCUCCACUACUCUACUUAACAGUUGAUACUAGAUGUUUGUGCUGAUAUGCUUUACCAACUUUUAAGAACUGCUAAGAACCGGAUUAUUUUUACUAUAUCCUGAUGGGUAAAACAAUAUAAUUCAAAGAGGGUGUACAAGUAGUCCUUGAUUUACGACCACAAUCUCAUUUAACAGUAGAAAUUUGGGGUCAAUUGUGGUUGUAAGUCGACUCAAAUAAGCUAGUUUUGCCCCAUUUUACAAAUUACUUGUAACAGUUGUUAAUGAAUCUGGUUUCCCCAUUGACUUUGUUUGUCAGAAGGUUACAAAAGGUGAUUGCCUGACCCUGGGAUACUGUGUCUGUCAUAAAUAUGAGUCAGUUGCCAACCGUCCGAAUUUUGAUCAUGUGACCAUGAGGAUGCUGCAGCGGUCAUAAGUCUGGAAAAUAAGUCAUUUUGUUUUUCACUGCCAUUGUAACUUUGAACGGUCACUAAGUGGACUGUUGUAAAUCGAGGACUACCUGUACUUUCUUUUUCACCACUGUAAUUUUGCUAUGAAAAGAACAAUAGAUUUCAAAAACAUAAAAAAUAAUAUUAGUCACAGUAUUCUAAUUAUAUAUACAAUCUUGGCUUUAAAUAUAUUCUAAACCAUGUUUCUACCUCUUGUGGUUGAAAAAACAACUAUUUGAAAGCAAAAGCAGGUCAUUUGCUGAGUAAGAUUUCUUGAGAUCAAAAUGUAUGGCUUCACUGGCUUGUGUAGUUUCUUGUCUUCCUCCAUAACUUUUCGGAAUUGAAUAAAUUGUGAACUCCUCUAUCCUAAGUGAACUUCUUCAAAGUUCUGUUUGGCUUUGGAAGAGUUUUUUGACCUCUGGAAUUCUGCCAUAAAAUUCCUCUUUCUCUUUAAGAAGUUUGUGGCAUGGAUUGACCCAAUUUGAUGGUGAUUUGCAUGGAAUUACUGUGAUGUUGGGAAACUGAAAGGUCUUUAUUUUGAUUUUGUCACCAUUUCUCAUUGCGAAUAAAUUGCUUAUGAAGGCCUAUAUGCCAUACGCAAUGUUUCUCAACCUUGGCUGCUUUAAGAUGCGUGGACUUCAACUCCCAGAAUUCCCCAGCCAGCCCCAACUUCCCUUUGUUGGACAGAAACAUCAUAAUUCCUUCAAAAAUUCUGCAUAUUUAUUUUUAGUGUAGCCUUAGCAGGAUUGCUGCCUCCUACAGCAUCUCAGUAUCUUUAUCCUUGAAAAUAUGAAAUUGGUUCACGGAUCUGGAGCCAUGUCAGUAGUAUCCUCCAUUUCAAUCUCGUUAGCAGAGAGCUUCUAAGGGACUUAGCCAUCAAAAUUGGGAGUUUUGGGUCACUAGACAUUGCAGUGGAAGAGUUAAAGGAUACAUUUGAUAUCAACUGAAACCUUACAUACAUAAGAAGAGUUCCUCUUUCUAAUAUCCAAUGCAUAAUUAAAGAAGGAAGGGAAUUCCAAAAAGGCAUUAAUUUUUAUUGUAUUGAUUAUACUACUGCUUUUGACUGUGUAGAAUACAGCACAAGAUGCAUACCCCUUUAAAACUGGUAUAUUGAGGCAUCCCAUCUCCCUAUUGAAGAAUCUGUAUGAUAACCAAGAAGCAGCAACUAAAAUAUAGAGCAACAAAAUGUUUCAAAAUUGAGAAAGUGUACCAAGGUUGUAAACCUUGUCACCUUAAUUGGAUUAAUUUGAUAAUUCCUCUUUGAUUAUUGAAGAUGAAAGGAGAAUGGAAAAGCCAAUCGGCUACUGAAUAUUAAACAAAAACAAAAAUUUUAAGAAUAUAUCAGGUAAUGCUGACCCAAUGCCAAUACUGUAGAGAAGAAAUUGAGAGAGUAACCAAGUUUUUUCCCUAGGCUCAAAAAUUCAGAGAGAUAGUGACUGUUGCCAUGAAAUAAGUAGCUGCUACUUGGGAGAAUGUCUAACAGGUUGACAUAAUUUUUGACAUGCAGAGAUAUCAGUUUUCAUACAUUUGUGAAAGGUGGACUAUUAGAAAGACUGAAUGAAGAAAAAUGUACUGUGCUGGAGAAAAUAGUUGAUUUGGUUUGCCAGAAAUAAAAUCAUGCUAGAUGAAGUAAAAUCUGCUCAUUGAAAAUACUAAUAAUGACACUAAAACAUAAUAUUGUGAAUACAGAAUGUAAAGGCAAGAAUAAUUGGAGAAGACCCUUAUGCUUGGAAAAAUCAAAGGCAAUAAUCAAUAAUCAAAGGCACCAUGACCCAAAAAUAUAUAAUGAUGCAAACAAGAGUUUACAAAAACUCAAAGUUACUGUAGACAAUUCUGACAAAAUUGAGUCCAUCAGGUCAGAGACACAAGUGAUUGAACAACAUCAACAAUUUUACAAACCAUUUUAAUACUAUGUAUCCAGUAUAAUCCUUGGAUAAAAUUGCAUAGGUCAAAAUAUCUCAUCUGACCUCAUGUUGCUAUUAUUAAUUGCUAAACUAUCAUUUCUGACUUUCAUAGAGGAUAAUUAAUCUGCAUUAUUUGAUGCCCUGUCUCCUGAAAAUAUAUUCCUGUUUCUUACAACUACUUGGAAGGAGAUGCAUGUUCUACAAUAUAAAUUUAAAUUUUCAGUUUCAGCUCAAAAUGUUUUGUCGCUUUUUACAGAUGUUGUACAGUAACUAUAUUAUACAUGUUUUAUUCUCUACAAUGAAUUCAAUGGAUGAAUCAAUGUUGUUUUGUAUUUAUUGUCAAUAAACUGUACCAAAC